ACCUUCCGCCUGGCUUUAGACCCUCCGGGGGCGCCUCAGAGCGCCGGGCAGGGAAUCCGCGGGUUUGGAGGGCGGAACGCUAGAGGCGUGGGCCUCUAGUCCCUGACGGAGGGGUCCCCGGAGGGAGCAGGGGAUCCCGGUCCCCUUGACCGGAAGCUGGAGAUCGGGCCUUGGCUAGGGUCUGACGGAGUUGGACCGCAGGCCCCUGCGUCCUAGCAUCCUGGGCCUUGUCGCGCGAGUGUAGCAACGAGAACGUUUCCGGAAGCUUCAUUGAUGACAGGCACUAAUCGCUGCAGAAGUGGAGGAGACACUGAAGCGACUUCAGAGCCAGAAGGGAGUGCAGGGAAUCAUCGUGGUGAACACAGAAGCCCCUUUGCCUCCAUUUUGCAAUGGAGAAAACUGAGUCUAGAAGUUCAGUUGAUUUGCCUGCCGUUACAGAGCCAGGAUUUCAUUGCAAGUCUGUCGGAAUGCAGCUGUACUCUUCCUCUCACUUCCUGUGAAGGACCAGAGAGUGGCUGCAUUCCUAUCAAGAGCACCAUGGACAACCCCACCACCACCCAGUACGCCAACCUCAUGCACAACUUCAUCCUGAAGGCCCGGAGCACCGUGCGUGAAAUUGACCCCCAGAAUGACCUCACUUUCCUUCGAAUUCGCUCUAAGAAAAAUGAAAUUAUGGUUGCACCAGAUAAAGACUACUUCCUGAUUGUGAUCCAGAAUCCAACUGAAUAAGCCACUCUCUUGGCUCCACGCGUCAUUUCUUAAUUUAAUGCCCCCCAAGAAUAAUAGUGUGAAUCAUGUCAACCAACUGGCAGGUGGAAAUCACCUUAGAGCCCAUGCAGACCAAUCCAGUGACCAGUGUGGGCUGCAGCUCCACCCCACCCACCAAAGGCAUCCCUCUGCUGGCCAGUUCCCCUGAGUUCCCAGGAGGGCUCUUCCCUCAAGUCCAGGUUUCGGAACAAGAGCUUAUGAGAGGCCCACACCCUGCUUCCUCCUGACCUUCAGUUCACUUUGUUGCCCUUGGAAAAGGCUGCUUUUCUUUAACUAAAAAUAACUGAAACUUGC